AGAACGCACUAAGUAUAGGGCUCUGGUGAGGAUCCUGAGUUUGCCCAAGGGGCGUCAUGCCCACCAACUUUCCCUCGAGGUAUAUAUAGUCCAUAAGGCUUCCGAGAUUCGUCAAGGUCCACCUCCCAAGGACGCACCACCGCGAACGGAAAUCAGCAGACAUGGUGACCAUAGCACGCUCACCCGGGGACUGCUGCAUCAAGACCGUCGAGCAUUCGGGUACCGCGCAGGGGACUAUCGAGAAGUUCGCAGGCGUCGACACGUACGUCUCGCGCCCGGCCGAGCUGAGCGAGCAGCGGAGGGUCAUCCUGUUCUUCGCGGACGUGUAUGGCCCGUUCUUCUUGAACUCGCAGUUGAUCAUGGAUUACUGGGCGUCCAACGGGUACCUGGUGCUGGCGCUGGAUUACUUCGAGGGCGACCCGGUGCAGAACCACCUGGGCAAGGUGGGGAAGAAUUAUAGCAUCGAGUUCGACUUCGUACCCGGGAAGAUGAUCCGCGCGAAGCAAAUCACGCCUGACUGGAUUGAUGCUGUGAAGGAACAGUUUGGAACGUCGCAGACGCAGUGGCUGACUGUAGGAUAUUGUUUCGGCGCACCAUUCGUGAUGGACUGUAUGGCACGGGACUGGAUUACUGCAGGUGCGUUCGGGCAUCCUGCCGUCCUGAAGGACCAUCACUUCCGGAAUAUGAAGAAGCCAUUGCUUCUGUCGUGCGCAGAGAUCGACCAUACAUUCCCCUUGGAGUUCCGCCGCCGUGCUGAAGACAUCAUGGUCGAGAUCAAGGCGACGUACCAUAUCCAGGUAUUCUCUGGAGUAACCCAUGGCUUCUCCCUGAGAGGUAACGUGGACGAUCCCGUUGCAAAAUGGGCAAAAGAGCAGAGCGCAUCGACGAUCUUGAGCUGGUUUGAUAACUCCUGUGCCGCAGAGCAACGCCCCGAAGUCAAGCUUUAGCUCGUUGAUGACUCCCCUUUCGUCUCUUGGGUCGCAUUAUAUCGCCCGACAUGUCCUGAAUCGAUCCUCCGACUGUACUGUCACACUAGCCGUAUCGGAACUGUGGAACUUUGAACUGCGGAGUCAGCAUGAGGCUCGAAUACUGUAACACAAGUCUGUUGUUAUCGUCAACUACCUGUCCAGACCUAGAGAAAGGUUCGAACAGAUGGCCGCAAGAACACCCCAAGUAGACAUGCUGUCCGACGAAACCGAAAGUCAAGGUCAAUCAGACUGGUUGGCUCGAACGAGUACCUGCCGAAAAGGAAAGUGUGGC